AUGGCUGGAGAACUCAUAGAACAGUGUAGAAACCUUCGAAUAAAUGACGCGGAAUCUCAAAUUCUUGAAAUUAGCGAACUGGAUGACGGAAUUGAUGAGGACCAAGUCUCUUUGGUUCUUGUAGGACGAUUGGUGACGGAACGGAGCUUCAAUAUUGAAGCUUUUAAAAGAACUAUGAUUCAAGCCUGGGGGGUUAAUAAACGAAUGGUGAUACGGAUGAUAGGUGCGAAUCGGUUUGUAUUUCAAUUUUUUCAUUGGCGAGACAAGGAGAAAGUGCUGGAAGGAAGACCUUGGUGUUUUGAGAACCAACUCUUGAUCUUGAAUGCCAUAGAUGGCGAGGACCAACCGGCCGAUGUACCUUUAACCCAUUCACCUUUCUGGAUUCGACUAAAAAAUCUUCCUUUUAAUUACAGAUCCGCUACGGUUUGUCGGGCGAUUGCGGGGAAAAUUGGGCAGGUGAUGGAGUUGGAGGAUGAUGCUUUGUUUCUUGAUAACUACCGAAGGGUGCGUGUGAUGAUUGACGUGGCGCAACCUUUGUGUCGUUACCAGGAAAUACAAGGGAAAGAUGGGCGAGUUUUCCGUAUAGAUGUGGCGUAUGAACGCUUACCUUUCUUUUGCUUCUUAUGCGGGACUAUAGGGCAUGGGGAGAAAGAAUGUGUGAAUGUUGAUGACGAUGAGCCAGAACAAUGUAUGGGAUGGGGAAAGACUUUGCGGGCCACGCCCAGGCGAGGUGUUACCAGAAUGCAGGAGGAAAUGGAGGAAAUUAAAGCUUGUAGGAAGGCUUUGUUCGUUGCUAAGCCUAGAAACUCUAGGACUGUUGCAAAAUCUGGAAGUGAGCUGCAAGGUGAAGGGGAGGAGGUAGAUAUAGUGAGUAGUGAGAGAGGGGUGGUGAAUGUUGGGCAGGGGGAAGUGGGGAGUGAGAAGCAAUUGUCGGUUAAGGGGAGUGUAACCAGUGACAAUGUGGGGAGACUGACGAAUGUGGAGGAGACAGGUGGUAAAGUGGGGCCUAAGAAGAGGGUUAUGUGCACGGAUGAGGGGACAAGGGAUAAGGCAUUUAAUGCUGGUGGGUCACGUAUGGUUAAUGUGGAAUUUAUUGGUGUGGGGGAGCAUAGCACUGAAGACAUGGGUUUAAAGGAGGCUAGAGGGGGUGUUGGUUUGACUAAAAUAGGGGCAGGCCCUUCGUCUGGGGCAGCAGAUGGAGGGAUGAAGCUAGGGCGUAAGUGGAAAAAGGUAGCGCGGGAAAAGGGAGAUGCUAUAGAAGGAGUUGAACUGGAUUAUGUGCUACUUGAAUCAGGAGGGAAAAGGGGUAGAGAGGUGUUGAGUGGGGAGUCUGAGGUUCUGGGAGAUACAGGGAAGCGUAGAAAUACGGAGAAAAUAUCUGGAUGGCGUGAGGCGGGAUCUGCAGACGAGCAGACCCGCCCAGCUCAAUGA